AUGGCAAAAUCAACGACCACUCCCGACGCGGUUUCCACGUCGGUGAAGAAAGCAGCGGACGUGGUGAAAGAUAAAGUGGACGAAACCGCGUCGAAAGUGAGCGAAAAAGUGAGCGAACAACUCAAGGAGGCGACUUCCCCGCAAGAGAGCGGGGAAGAGACGAAAGGAGGAUUGAGAGGAAUGAUGGGGAAACUAAAGGAGAAGUUGAGUUUGAAGAGGAAGAAGUCGUCGUCGUCGUCUGCCACGACGGCGAGUUUGACCGUCGCGACGGCGCGUCCGCACAUUCCUAUUUGCGGCAGCGGGAACCCCAAGAGAAGACAGUGA